AUUGCCCAUUACAAGACAAAAUAGGUCCACACCAGUCCACCAUCUCCAUCAUCAUCAUCAACCAUCGUCGACGAAGAUCUAGGUUUGUGUGUUUUUCGUACUGUGUGCUAAUUUUUUUUUCAUUCCCGAUCAUGGGGGCCGUGACCCCCCAUCGGAUUCUCUACUGUUUCUCUCUCUCUCGCACUUACACCAUCCGCUGCGUGUUUAAUUCUUGAAAAUACAACAAACAAAACAGUAAGCAUAUAAUCCCGCAGUCUCUAUCACUGCUCCAAUCAAUCCAUACCUCGGGACUUCACCUUUUCUUCCUCUUUCAAUUCAGACAAAAAGAACCCAUAUUUAUUUUUUGCUCCAUUUUCAGAGCAUUAAAGAAAAAAAUAUUCUAGAGAGAGAAACCCAGAGAAAGAGAUGUCCACGUGACAAGAUUAGAAAAAAAAAAAAAAAAAACAACCCCAAAAAUGAUGAAAAUCACAUGACGAUAACAGUGCGGCUACAGCUGAAAGAGAGAUCUAGAGAGAGAAAGAGAGGCUUAGGUUUCAUCAUCAUUAAUUGACACCAAGUUACAACAAGUUAAGGAACCCUCUUAGGAGAAAUCAGCAUAUUCUCUUGUCACCAAAAACAAAGUAAAAUAAAAAUCCAAUCUUUUUCCUUUUUUUCUCUCUCUCCUAACAAAUUUUUCAGCUAACAAGUUUUUUUUUCCAUCUUUUGGUGUGUUGUUAUGUGGUUGCACCCACAGACACCUUCAUAUCUGUUUCUUCACCACGUGGUUUUUGCUCUCUGCCACCCCCCAUAACUCCCUUUUCCUUCUCUCUCUCUCUCCCACAGUUUCACCUUUACUCUGUGUGUUUUGCUUUCUUUCAUAUUUCUUUAGCUCCUCAAUUUAUUCCCCCAUUUGGGGUCCCUUUUUCUUGAUCAAAUUGAAUAUAUCACCCCCACAAAAUUUUCAUGUUCUUGUCAACACUUUCUUGAUUCUUGAUUCUUGGAUUCUUGAUUCUUGAAUUCUUGAUCUUGAUGCCAUGUCUUCAAUUCUACGGUUCAGAAAACUCUGUUUUCUGCAGCCCACCAAGAGUUCCUCGUACGAUCAGAAAUCAGAACCUCAAAAAAACCAAACCCCUCCUCACACAAAUAAAAUUGACGAUAAAAACAAUGUUGUUUUUGCUGCUUCUGAGGAAAACUCGAAAAGGAAGCAUUUUCAGAAGAAAGCCCCUAGAGAAUGGAGGUGCAUAGAUUCUUGUUGCUGGAUGAUUGGUUACUUGUGCACAACAUGGUGGCUGCUCUUCUUUCUCUACCAUUGCCUGCCGCCCAAUUUGGCGGGGCUCCACCCGCCGGAGCCGCCGGGUACAAGGCUGAGGAGGCAGGGCGUCACCGCCCUCCACCCGGUUGUUUUAGUGCCUGGCAUUGUCACCGGCGGCCUCGAGCUUUGGGAAGGCCGCCCUUGCUCCGAUGGCCUUUUCCGGCAACGCCUCUGGGGCGGCACCUUCACCGAAAUAUUUCGGAGGCCAAUGUGUUGGUUGGAGCAUCUCUCGUUGGAUAACGAAACGGGUCUCGACCCGCCUGGAAUACGGGUCAGACCCGUACCCGGACUGGUUGCGGCGGACUAUUUUGCUCCGGGGUACUUUGUUUGGGCUAUUCUUAUCGAGAAUUUGGCGCGCAUUGGGUACGAAGGGAAGAAUAUGUACAUGGCUGCUUAUGAUUGGAGAUUGUCAUUUCAGAACACAGAGGUGAGAGACCAAAGCCUAAGUAGAUUGAAGAACAAAAUCGAGCUUAUGUAUGUGACAAACGGCAACAAGAAAGUGGUGGUGGUGCCUCAUUCGAUGGGUGUUAUCUAUUUCCUCCACUUCAUGAAAUGGGUCGAAGCACCACCACCCAUGGGCGGGGGUGGCGGCCCCCUUUGGUGCGCCAAACACAUAAAAGCGAUCAUGAAUAUCGGCCCCGCCUUUCUUGGCGUUCCUAAAGCCGUUGGUAACUUAAUAUCCGCCGAGAGCAAAGAUGUAGCUUUUAUUAGAGCGAUGGCACCUGGUUUAUUGGAUUCGGAUAUAUUCGGACUUCAGGCAUUGGAACAAGUGAUGAAAGUAUCUCGAACAUGGGACUCUAUCAUUUCAUUGAUACCUAAAGGAGGGGAGACCAUUUGGGGUGACUUGGAUUGGUCUCCGGAAGAAGAUUACGUAUGCCAUUCACCAACGGAAAAAUACCAACAAAAAAUCGACGCGAAGGGGAACAAAACCGAUAAUAGGAUAGAUUUUCAAGUACAUGAAUCGACAAAGACAAAGUACGGCAGGAUCAUCUCAUUCGGGAAGAAGGAAUCCGAAUUGCCUUCUUCGGAAAUCUUCAAUCUCGAUUCCAAGGUAUCUUUGAAUAAUGCUACUACUUCACAAUCCCCUGCAUCGUGCGGAAAAGUUUGGACGGAAUAUGAUGAGGUCAGCGAAGAGAGCAUUCAGAGAAUCUCGGAAGAAAAAGCAUAUACUACUAAGACUUUAUUGGAUCUUCUCCGGUCUAUUGCUCCAAAGAUGAUGAAAAGGGCCGAAGCCCACUUCUCGCACGGCAUUGCCGACGACCUCGACGAUCCGAAGUAUGACCAUUACAAGUAUUGGUCAAAUCCGCUCGAGACUAAGCUACCUAACGCCCCAGAAAUGAAGAUAUACUGUCUAUACGGAGUGGGAAUCCCAACGGAACGAUCCUACGUGUACAAAGUAUCGCCACCCGGGCGGUGCAAAAGUAUCCCUCUCCAAAUCGACAGCUCGGCCAACAAGAGUCCAAACGGUUGCCUAAAGGGCGGAGUCUACUUCUCCGACGGUGACGAGAGCGUUCCCGUUAUAAGCGCGGGCUUCGUCUGCGCGAAACCGUGGCGCGGAAAAACGAGGUUCAAUCCUUCCGGAAUAUCCUCGUACGUGCGAGAGUACAAACACAAAGCGCCAUUGAACUUUCUAGAAGGUAGGGGGUUGGAGAGUGGGGGCCACGUUGAUAUAAUGGGGAAUGUUGCCUUGAUUGAGGAUGUGCUGCGUGUGGCGGCCGGUGCUUCGGGUUCGGAGAUUGGCGGGGAUAGGAUUUUUUCGGAUAUUAUGAAAAUGUCGGAAAAAAUAAAUAUUCGGCUCUAAUUGAGGAUUUAAGAAGAUAAAGUUUUGUUCGAGAGUUGAGAUAAGAAGAUCGUGACAAUGUAAGUUUCUAAUUGAUUAGAGGUACCUACUCACUUCAUGUUAAUCAGCUGAAUAAAAAGUUGUUCAUUGGUAAGUUUUUACAUAAUCAAAUCAAA